AUGUACCAUACACACCUGUCCAGUGCUAGUUCACAAACUUUAGCUAAUGUGUUCCCAUCGAGAAAACUUUCAUCAAAACCUUUAACAGCACUAAUUCUUAGUCAUCACACCAAUGAAUCGUUAGAUGCAUGGAGUGAAGAAGCUGCUGAUGAACGUGAACAGUUAGCACGAUCUUUUAUUGCUUCAGCAAUAGAAAUAUGCUCGUCUUUAAAAGAAUUGGGCUAUUGGGCAGAUUUUAUUGAUCCCUUCACUGGGAAACCGUAUAUUGGAUCACAUGGUGAAGCUAUGCUCACAGAAACCGAUGAAACUAUGAAACAUUUUGGAUUUGAUCUAGACAAUUCUGUUUGUUGUAAAAUAUUACGUCAUCCAAAGUGGAAGAAUCAUGUAUUUGUUGGAUUAAUAUUCACAGAUGCACCAGACUAUCACCCAGAUUAUUUCGGUAUUGAAUAUGAUCAGAAAGUCGAAGUGAUUAAACGUGAAGAAAAUAAACGUAAAGCAUCAUUAUCAACAUCAAAAAAUAUUAUUGAUGAACAAUAUUUUGGUGUACAUGAUGAUGAUGUCAAGUUACAUGCUAGAGAGAGUGUUAAAUCUAAGAAGAAUUCAUCUGAAAUAACAGUACUUCAUUCAAAGACAUCUCAUUUAGAUGAUUUAUGUGAGAUCGACUCACAAUAUUUUGGCUCCACAGGAUCUAAUACAAAUCCAAUAGAAAAUGUCAGCUCAGUAGUUAACAAUACUACUAAUCCAUUGAUAAUUUCACAGCCUAAAAUUAGGACUGGUAAAAAGCAUAUUCCUCAUCCUGCUACUACUAUUACUAAUACUAAUACACAUACUGAUAUUACUUUGAAAAGUAAUGCAGAUCUAAGAAAACAGGAAAAAUUGGUCCCUGGGACCAAGACUGUUCGGGUUGAUCAUAAUGUACGCCGAAAUAAUAAUGAUUCAUUGAGACUUAACAAAAAUGAUAAUGAUAGUCGUUACGAUGAUGAUGUUGAAUAUGGAUCAGAUGCAGUUAGAAUUAUCCGACAAAGAACCAAGUUAAAUCUAUACACUGGUACUACCUUAGAUAUACCAUCAAAUAAAUCGACAGCGUCGGUCCCAGAAAAAUUGGAUAGUCAAGGAUAUCGUGUCCCGGAUGAAGAUCCAUAUAAAUUUGAUUUAUUAACUGAAGAAGAAGCUGCAACGGUAUUGUAUAAAUCAAUUAUAGAAAUAAGAGAAAAUGUGAUCACUUUGAAUAAACCAUAUGGAAUAGCAUCUCAACCUGGAGCUGAUUGUAAACAUAAUAUUGUUGAUUUAUUACCGCGUAUUGAAUCAAUGAUAAGAAAACGAAGUCAUCAUGGCAAUCAUGGGAAAGGUGAAGAAAAAUGCAUUGGUGAACUGUCAACUGUUCAUCGAUUAGACAAAGAUUCCAGUGGAAUUAUAUUAAUAGCUAGAAAUAAAGAUUCUGCAUUAAAACUUCAAGAGGCAUUUGCAAGACGUUGGAUUAAAAAAGAUUAUUUAUGUAUUACUGUUGGUAUACCAAGAUCAGAUUAUGGUUAUAUACAAUUGCCAUUAGUUGAACGAAAUUUCAAUGGAAUUCGUAAAAUGUGUGUUCCUCAACUAAAUCGUCAUCUACAAGAAUUAACUUGUAAACAAACACAAUUAGAUAUAAAUAAUGAAGCGAAUGAAUAUGAUGUAACAGAUGCUUUCUCUGUACUAUAUGAUAGAAUGCAAACAAAUCAUAAUCAACCAACUACUUGGUAUCAUUUAAUGGAUAGACGAAAUGAUGCUGCAUUAAUGCUUUGUUCUACAUUGACUGGUAUAAAACAUCAAAUUCGAGCUCAUUUAGCAUUUGGUUUACAAACUCCUAUACUUGGUGAUCAUAAAUAUUCACAUGCUGAAUAUUUAGCACCUCAACGUUUACCAAAAUCUUUAUUAGAAGUAUUAAAUAUUAGACAAUCUAAAGUACGAUAUAUUAGUUUACAUUUACAUGCUUCAAGUUUACAUCUUCGUGUACCACCAUCAUCAUCAUCAUCAUCUUCUUCCAAGUAAUGAAGGAUUUUUUGAUUUUGUUCGAUCAUUUGAUAAUUCACAUAGUAACAAUAAUAAAUUUAUAAAAAAUCCUUUGAAAUUCACUGCUCCAUUACCGAAUCACUUUCGAGGUAAUUUAAAACGUAUUGGAUUAAAAUUACCGCAUUAUUUAAAGUAUUUACAUUGAUAGUUUGUUUCAUAUAAAUAAUGUAUAGUAUUCCAUAGUAUUUUGUAUAUGUAUUUAAUAAUUCAUUUACAUGUAUUAUAAAUAC